AUGUCAAACAAGUGUUUUGUGAGGGUGGAACUAGGGUUUGCCUACUUUCAGGAAAUUCCUUUGCCUUCAACUUUGCUCAUUCAAGAUGAAGAUAGAUCAAAAGAGAUUUUAUUGAUCAGUAACAAUAACGAGUACAAAGUCAGUGGCUUCGUUAAUAAAGACUGGACACACGUGAGGAUUGGUGGUAACAAUUGGUAUGAAUUUGUGAAGGCUCACAAAUUAGUUCUCAAUCAGGGACUCUACUUUAUUGUGAGGGAAUUAGGGAUUAUGAAUGUUUUUGUGUUUGAUAAAAAUAAUGUUCUCAGCAACAGUCCAACACCAAAUAUGUCAUGGAAUUACAGCAACAACAUCAAAGUUCAAAUGGUUUUACCGGUUGGAUUAAGUAGUUGUAUCACAGAAGAUCAUGCAGAUAACUUUGGUUAUUUUUCAAACUGGUCGGUUGUCUAUGGGGAGUGUACAUAUAUCAAUCAAAUAGCAUAUUCUCCUCAUAAGAAUGCUGCAAGAUUGGUUGUAAGUGGUUAUCAAUGGGAUAAGCUUUUAAAAGACCAUGCCAACAUGACUGUUCCAUUUGAAUUCUGGAGACGACAUAGGAGUAUCCUUACCAAAAACUUGGUUGUCAUAUACACUAAUGCAAUGAUGUAUAAUAUGGAGUUGCAUAAAUCAUACAAUCCGCUGCAUUAUGGUAAAAAAGUGUCCCAGUUGAAGAUUGUCAGGAAUUGGAACACACUGAUGCUUGAUAAUCAGUUUCUAAAAGGAAGUGUUCUUAAAUUUAUGCUGGAUGUCGAAAGUGUACACCCCAGAAAGAAUGAUGUAACUUUUUCUAUUUCAGAGAUUUCCUAG